AUGCAGGACGGCCACGGCGGCGUAUCCCCAUCCGCAGGUACCCGCUGCAUACGGCAUGUGCUACCACGCAAGUUCCAGAGGGAGAUCCGAACGGGAACGCUGUACACGGAUCAACGCCAGUACCUCAACCCCUGGUCAUGCAAGAUCAAAUUUCACCAUCAGCUUGCGCCUCGUAUAAUAAUACUGUCGUACGACGCUCAUCGCAUCAUUCCAGGGGUGGGAGAGCCAAGGAGAUCAAUACGCUCUGCAAUGACACCUUCGCUCUACGUCCUCAGCACAGGCAGCCACAGCGCGCAUUUCCACUCCGAGUGCUUACUACCCGCUGCGUACGCAUCGACAAGCGCCGAGGGUGUCGGAUUUAGAUUCCAUGCUCCAUCUAUACGGAGUGGGGUGCAAGGCCAAAUCUAUGUAGACUCCAGGAGGGUGUUACGAUACGCCGUGGAAGGAGAACUCGUUGACCGGGGAGUUCUGGGUCUGGUUCUGGAGGAGGAUAGUGUUCGAAAUCUGCGGGAUACUGGAUUUAGGAGCGUUCUGCUUGUUUAUUCGAGCGGUAUGGACUUGGUCUUUUGGAUUGUGGCUUUUCUCACUGAAUGUGAAGUUCCGAAUCGGAUUAUCCUGCCCCUGAGACUACAACUACAACGAUCAGAUGAAUAUGCGGCUUGGACGUACGAAUUCGAAGGCAAGCGAUACUCGGAGAUCCGCAUACAAUCUCUUGCCACAUCUCCGUAG